CGCCGCAUGCGCGCUUCCGGCGCGAGCGCGACCAGUGACCAUGGCGGCGGCGGCGGCGCAGGGCAGGUGGGGCGCGCGGCGGCUGCGGCUCCUCCUCUCCACGCUGAAGCCCGGGAGCCACGUUCCCCUGGCCGAGCCCGUGGCUGCGUUCAGCUCGUCUGUGACCUCCGCCAAAGUGGCUGUGAACGGCGUCCACCUGCACUGUCUGCGGACUGGAGGCGGAGAGCACGCGGUCCUGCUGCUUCCGGGAAUGUUGGGAAGUGGAGAGACUGAUUUUGGACCUCAGAUUGAGAACCUGAAUAAGAAGCUCUUCACGGUGGUUGCCUGGGAUCCCCGAGGGUACGGACAUUCCAGACCCCCAGAUCGAGACUUCCCAGUAGAAUUUUUUGAAAGGGAUGCAAAAGAUGCUGUUGAUUUGAUGAAGAUGCUGAAGUUUAAGAAGGUCUCUUUGCUGGGGUGGAGUGAUGGUGGGAUAACAGCCCUCAUUGCAGCUGCAAGAUACCCGUCCUACAUCAACAAGAUGGUGAUCUGGGGGGCCAACGCCUACGUGACCGACCAGGACGAGGAGAUUUAUCAGGGUAUCCGAGACGUGUCUAAAUGGAGCGAGAGAACAAGAAAGCCUCUGGAAGCCCUCUAUGGGUUCGACUACUUUGCCAGAACCUGUGAAAAGUGGGUGGAUGGCAUAAAACAGUUUAAGCAUCUUCCAGAUGGUAACAUCUGUCGGCACCUGCUGCCCCUGGUUCAGUGCCCCACCCUAAUCGUGCACGGUGAGAAGGAUCCUCUGGUCCCGAGCUUCCAUGCCGACUUCAUACACAAACACGUGAAGGGGUCACGGUUGCAUCUGAUGCCAGAAGGCAAGCACAACCUGCAUUUACGUUUUGCAGAUGAAUUCAACAAGUUAGUGGAAGACUUCCUACAGUGACAGUGUCCCCGAGGACAUGUGACCUGUGAAUCCUGAGCCUGGGGCUUGAGCCUGGUGCUGCCUUUGAAACCCGCCUGCGGGUCACCCCCCAGUUCACCUGCCUUCCCAGGCUCGCCGUGCCUCCUCACAAACUGCUCCUAAUCCAACAGCAAUAAUGACAUAUUAUAAGCAUCCUCUAGCUUUCAUAGCUACAAAAAUUAAACCUGAUUUUUCAAUGUUGUUGUGAAUUUCUACCAUUGUCUUAAAAAAUAAAUUGCUAUCAUGAUUUACUUUA